AAUUACAACAACUUUAAUCUGGUGGCGGACACAACUUUCAGAUUGUUUUAAUACGUUCCGCGUUUUUAAAGUGUGCACGGGCCGCAAGUCACGUAUAAACAUUGACCCGCCGCAUCACACAGUUUAUUCCUACAAAACAAUGUGAGAAGACGAGCAACUCACUUCGUAAGGGGCUUUAGAAACCGAAGCGCGUUUUACUGGAAAAAAGUUUCCGUUUAUUGUGGCUUUUGGACGAACGGAACUCGCCUUCUCUCGGUGCGAUUCCAUGAAAUCGUGCCGAGUGUCGCUCGCCGUCGCCGCUGCUCGACGCCUCAGCGCUGCUGGUGAUGAGGAGAAGAAAAUGGCGGCGGGAAAAGCGAGUGAACCCGAGGAGGAAUCACCGCGGCUGAGCGCGCAGGAGAGCGACACUCUAGCCCGCAUCGACAGCUCUCUGUUCGGAUAUCAGCGGCUUCAUGAAGAUGGCGCCAGCAUGAAGGCCCUGCUCGUCAAGGCCGUUCGCUGCUAUGAGUCUCUCAUCCAGAAAGCUGAAGGAAAGGUGGAUCCCGAGUUCUUCUGCCAGCUGGGUCACUUCAACCUCUUACUGGAGGAGUAUCCGAAAGCAUUAUCGGCGUACCAGCGGUACUACAGUUUACAAUCAGACUACUGGAAGAAUGCUGCCUUUUUGUACGGCCUCGGGAUGGUUUACUUCCAUUACAAUGCAUUUCAGUGGGCGAUCAAGGCGUUUCAGGAGGUGCUGUACAUCGACCCCGGCUUCUCUCGGGCUAAAGAGAUUCAUCUGCGUCUCGGCCUGAUGUUCAAAGUCAACACGGACUAUGAGUCGAGCUUAAAGCACUUUCAGCUGGCGCUCAUUGACUCCAAUCACUGCACUUUGUCCAAAGCUGAGAUUCAGUUUCACAUCGCGCAUUUAUACGAGAUUCAGAAGAGAUACCGCGCAGCCAAAGAGGCCUAUGAGAGUCUCCUGCAGACGGAGAAUUUGCCUGCGCAGGUGAAGGCUGCUACCUUACAACAGCUGGGCUGGAUGCAUCAUACAGUCGAGCAGCUGGGAGAUAAAGCUAAUAAGGACAGCUACGCUAUACAGUGUCUCCAGAAAUCCCUGGAAGCCGAUCCGAACUCUGGCCAGUCCUGGUAUUUCCUCGGCAGGUGCUACUCCAGUAUUGGGAAGGUCCAGGAUGCCUUCAUUUCAUACAGACAGUCCAUAGACAAAUCCGAGGCCAGCGCAGACACGUGGUGCUCGAUAGGCGUGCUGUAUCAGCAGCAGAAUCAGCCCAUGGACGCGUUGCAGGCAUACAUCUGCGCCGUGCAGUUGGAUCACAGUCACGCUGCGGCCUGGAUGGAUCUGGGCACGCUCUACGAGUCCUGCAACCAGCCGCAGGACGCCAUCAAGUGCUACGUCAAUGCCACGCGCAGCAAAGCCUGCACCAACACCGCUGCGCUGGCGGCCCGCAUCAAGUACCUGCAGGCUCAGUUCUGUAACCUCCAACACAAUAGUCUACAGAGUAAAAGUAAAAUGCUUCCUAGUAUUGAGGAAGCCUGGAGCCUCCCAAUCCCAGCAGAGCUAACGUCCAGACAGGGUGUCCAGAGCACAGGCCAGCAGGCGUGUAAACCUCACCCCGGGGUGUCAGGUGGGGCUCAUGGCUCCGGUCAGUCGCUGCCUCCCCACGUGAGCCCGCUGGAUCAGAGUGACGAUCAGUCGAGUCCAGCCAAGAGGAAGAGGACCGCUAGUCCUGCCAAGAGCUCCACAGAGUCUUGGACCAACAGUUCAGCACAGCCACCAACUCCAAACUGGUACCUGUCUCCUCAGAAGCUGCAGUUGCUGGAACAGUUGCGAGCCAACCGGGCGAGUCUGAAGCCUGUUCAGCUGCAGAUGUUGGAGCAGUUGGAGGCUCAGCUGUCAGCCACGCACCUGCACCAGCAACAGAUGAGGCAAAACUCUUCUGGUCCGAUUCGACCCACCCUCCCCAACGGCCCCUCAGGCGAUUCCUCACUGCCUGCUCACCCUGUUUCUCGUGGCCCGGCCGUGCGACCGUCUUGCAUCGCUCAGCCGUUGGCCAACGGGCCGCUGCCUCCCAGUCCUGGUCCUGGCUCCCGCACUGGCCCACAACCCCCUACAGUCGGCAAUAAUCACACGCCAGGAACCAGAGCGAACGGAGACGUGCCUUACCUGCACCCCAACGCACUACCUCACAACUGCACAAGCCCAGGAGACGCAUGGAAGAGCCAGCAUCUCAACUCCGCUCAGGGGCUUCAGAAAGGUCCAGGUUCGCAUUGGGCAGGUCCUAAUGGAGACCGGACUCUCUCUUCCAGUGGUUCGGCCGACGGUGGCCCUCACAAUCAGGUUGGACAUUCCGCCACGACUCCCUCGGAGCCAGCUGUCAAUCAUCUGUCCUCCACGUCCUCCCCCGCUUCUUCCUCAUCGCAAACGGCUACCUCAGGUGCGCCACACGGCACCGCCCUGACCAAAGAGAGCGCCGCCCUACAGGGCAAUGGUUCCACUGCCACCAACCACCACAGUCCCGAGCGCACGCCCACUUCCACGUCCGGCUCGCCGGCAGCCCCUUCCGCAGACAAUCCGCAGCUCUCGGCCCUCCUUGGGGGCAAGGAGAGUCCCGCCGCGAGCUCUAGGGUGAACCACGUCCACCCCGGCACCACGCUAACGGCACCAGGCAGUUCGACCGCUUCUUCGCCCGCCUCCGCCCUGUCCGCUUCUUCAGCGUCACCCCGCUCCGUAGAGCCCACGGCCAGCCUUAACAAGCCAGGCUCUGCGGCGCCGGGACUGCCGCCCACCGUCACCGUUAACGGAAGUGGAGGAGGAGCUUGUUCGGAAGACUCUCAAAGCCCGUUAAAGGUGGAGCCGCCGGAGCUUUGCAUCAAAGCGGCCGCGCCUCACAGACCACCGCACUCAUCCUCUACAGUCUCCAUUUACCCAACAUCUGCAGACGUCCUGAAGGCCUGCAGGAAUCUUGGGAAGAACGGUCUGUCGAGCAGCAGUUUCCUGCUGAACAAAUGUCCACCGCCGCGACUCCCUCCUCCGCCUGCGCCGCCUCUGGCUAAAGACAAACUCAACCCACCGACUCCCAGCAUCUACUUGGAAAAUAAAAGAGACGCCUUCUUCCCUCCGCUGCACCAGUUCUGCACCAACCCGUCCAACCCAGUCACCGUCAUACGCGGCCUGGCCGGAGCCCUCAAACUAGAUUUGGGCUUGUUCUCCACGAAGACACUUGUAGAGGCGAACCCAGAGCACCUGGUGGAGGUGCGGACGCAGCUGUGUCAGCCGGCCGAUGAGAACUGGGACGCCAGCGGCCUGAGGAAGCAGUGGCGCUGCGAGAGCAGCCGGUCUUACACCACUAUCGCCAAAUACGCGCAGUACCAGGCCGCGUCCUUCCAGGAAUCGCUGCGGGAAGAGAAUGAGAAGAAGGGGCAGAAGGAGCUGUCGGACUGUGAAAUGACGUCAUUGGAAACUGUUUCCAGGAGGCGGAAAGCUCCUUUCAAACAGGUCAAGUUUGGGACCAACAUCGACGUCUCUGAUGAAAAGAAGUGGAAGCUGCAGCUGCAGGAACUGAGUAAGCUGCCUGCGUUUGCUCGCGUGGUGUCUGCAGGUAACCUGCUGAGUCAUGUGGGCCACAGCAUUCUGGGUAUGAACACUGUCCAGCUCUUCAUGAAAGUCCCGGGCAGCAGAACUCCAGGGCAUCAGGAGCACAAUAACUUCUGCGCCGUCAACAUCAACAUCGGCCCGGGCGACUGCGAGUGGUUUGCCGUGCCGGAGCCGUACUGGGGAGUGAUGAGCGAAUUCUGUGAGAAGAACAACAUCAACUUCCUGAAGGGUUCAUGGUGGCCGAAUCUAGAGGAUUUGUACGAGGCUAACGUACCGGUGUACCGGUUCAUCCAGCGGCCUGGAGAUCUGGUUUGGUUGAACACAGGAACGGUCCACUGGGUCCAGGCCAUCGGCUGGUGCAAUAACAUUUCUUGGAACGUGGGCCCUCUUACUGCGUAUCAGUACAAGCUGGCCGUCGAACGUUAUGAGUGGAACAAACUCCAGAGCGUCAAAUCUAUGGUUCCCAUGGUGCAUCUGUCCUGGAACAUGGCAAGGAACAUUAAAGUGUCCGACCUCAAGCUGUUUGAGAUGAUCAAGUUCUGUUUGCUGCGGACGCUCAAACAGUGUCAGGCGAUAAAAGAGGCGCUGGUGGCUGCUGGGAAGGAGACGAUUUGGCACAGAAGAAGCCGAGAUGAACCGGCCCAUUACUGCACCAUCUGUGAGGUGGAGGUCUUUAACCUUCUCUUCGUGACGAGCGACAGUUACUCCCGGAAGUCCUACGUGGUUCACUGUCAGGAUUGCGCUCGGAAGGGCAGCAGCGAGCUGGAGGGUUUCGUGGUGCUGGAGCAGUACCGGAUGGACGAUCUCACGCAGGUUUACGACCAGUUCUCAUUAGCUCCUGCUCUGCAUUCAUCUUCAUCUUGACAUUAAGUUGCUCUACAUGUGGAUAAUAUCGCAUUACAGGAACUCUACAAACGGACCAUUUCUGAUAUUCAGGACAGUCGUGGUCGUCUCUCGCGUGGCUGGAGUCCGUCGCGAGCACACGGGACCGUCGACUCAAGCGGCUGUGUGUGUCUAUGCAACCGGUUUAUAACUGCAGUGUGUGGUUAUGGCCUGCGGGGAGCGGUAGUGAGCGAACUUCCUCUCUACACCUCUUCCUGAACGGGCGACUCGCCUCUGCUUCACGUGAGAAAUUAAUCACGAAAACUGGGGAGGAAAUUAUGGGAAACUCGUUUUGUACAUAGUGUCUAUCACAACUGGCAUCGUCACUUACAGACUACUGACUCGAGACGUUCUUUUUGUAUUUUGUUAACAUGCUGAAACCUGAAAUCUUUUCCUUGUGUCUCAAGGGUUCGCCUUCACGAAGGAGCGCUAGCCUAGCUUUUUGUAUGGUAGAUAACGAUUUUACGACGACUUUGGAUGGCAAAAUCUACAAAAAAAUAUUUGUAAUGUGAAGAAUUAGGUGAUAUAUAUAAUUUUUUACUGCUUUUAUGUUUUACCUGUCUUGUUAUUUUGACACCAUGUUCGAUAUUUUGUUUCUUAGGUAAGAAAAAGGAAAAAAUUGUGGAAAAAACAUAACAGCCAAGUCACAAAGAAAAAUGGGUUGCACAUAGAGUAAGGAAUAAAGUUUAAAUUGUCUGUGUUUUUUCCUUCCUCGUUUGUUUCUAAUCCUGAUGUACAUUUACACUAUUUAUAAAUACAUAUUUAUUGCUUGAAGAUAUUUGUGGAUGGAAUGCUGUUAUUUUUCCCAGAGUACCUGCCAUUAAAUUUGAAGGAGUUUGGUCAUUUAAACUACUCCUGCAUUUUCUAUAUAGAAUUAAACUGCUUAGUAAGCAUUGUACAGAAACUAUAAAAUUGUUUUAUUGUUUGAAGAAUGUUUUAUGAGUUAUUAAACAAGUUGUCAACA